AGUCGCAGUUUAUCGAUACUUUAAGUUGGUGCUUGUGGGUGACAAUCAGUUUUGUUUUUAAUGCUUUAAUUUAUCGCUGACUUGAGUUAAGAGAGAUACACAUAUACCUAUAUAUAUACAUAUAAUUAAGUAUUAGUUCGUUCGGUUGUUUUUUUUCUGUUGUGAUUGUUGUUAUUAAUUGCGCUUAUAUAUUAUACAAUAAUUCGAAGAGGAAAAGAUCGAGGCGAAAUGGCGAACGAGACGGAGAUUCAUGCCAUCAAGAGGAAAGAGAAUGGUCCCAAUGAGGAUAGUGGCGGGAAACGAAAAAAGGUUGAUCCUUUAUCGAAUGUUGGUGAAAGGAAUCCCGUAGCGAUAUUAAAUGAGUUGCGGGUGGGUUUAAAGUAUGAGCUGGUGGAGCAGAGCGGCCCCUCGCACUCGCCCCAGUUCACGGUGUGCGUGGAGGUCGAUGGGCAAAGGUAUAUGGGAGUGGGCAAGUCGAAGAAAAUCGCUCGUUACCAUGCGGCCGAAAUGGCCCUCAAGUCGUUCAUACAGUUUCCAAACAGUUGUAAAGUUAUUUCCUCAAUUGCGAACAAUAACGUUAAUAUGGAUUUUACUAGUGACAAUUUUGAGGAAAACGGACUUAAGAGUGGCGGCAUUGAUAUGUACAAGAAAGACACCACGAAGAACGCGUGCAUGCUUCUCAACGAGCUCUUCCCCAGUGUUAAGUAUAUCUGCUCGGAGAACGAUGAUCCCUACGCCCGGUUCCGCGUUAAGGUUAAUAUUAAGGGCGAGGAGUUCUAUGGUACAGGCUCGAACAAGAAGAUGGCCAAGAAUGCGGCCGCCACUAUGGCCCUCUCCAAAUUGCUCAGCAUCACACCAGUGUCCACGACGAACAGAGGUUCAUGCAAUUCCGAACAGCAGGAACUGGCGGAUCGCAUUGGAAGAGCAGUGAAUGAGAAAUUCACGAGUGUCAUGGCUAAUGAUUCUUCACAUGCUAAAAGAAAGGUCUUAGCCGGCAUUGUUAUGACUCUUCCCAACGGCAAUUUAGAAGUUAUCACCGUAUCUACCGGAACGAAGUGUGUUUCCGGUGAACAUAUCAGCAUGCAGGGGUGCGUCCUGAACGACAUGCACGCCGAAAUCGUAGCCAGACGCGCCCUGGUUCACUUCUUCUACUGCCAACUAAAUGCCAUAAGCCAAGGUAAGCAAUCGAUAUUCAUGGAAAGGCCGGAAGGCACCGGUUACAAACUGAAAGAAGGCAUCGAUUUCCACUUGUAUAUAAACACGGCUCCUUGCGGCGAUGCCCGGAUCUUCAGUCCCCACGAAGAGGUGUGCAUGGUGGGUAAAGACAGACAUCCUAAUAGGUCGAGCAGGGGUCAACUAAGGUCCAAAAUCGAAUCAGGCGAAGGAACGGUGCCCGUUAAAGGGGGUGUUCUUCAAACUUGGGAUGGAGUUUUACAAGGGGAACGACUUUUAACCAUGUCUUGUUCGGAUAAAGUGGCAAGGUGGAAUGUUUUAGGCGUUCAAGGUUCAUUGCUGUCCCAUUUUAUUGAACCUAUAUAUCUGUCAUCAAUUGUCUUGGGCAGCCUAUUUCAUCAAACACAUUUAUAUAGAGCAAUAUGUGGAAGAGUUGAAUCGACUUUGCAAGGCCUUCCACCCCCUUUCCGUUUGAAUAGACCAAAUAUGAGUUUGGUGACAUCUUUUGAAAGUAGACAACCAACGAAGGCUCCGAAUUUCGCAGUGAAUUGGUUAGGCCACCUGCCCGAUGAAGGAGUCGAAGUGAUAAACACGACGACCGGAAGACCUGAGAACGGGGUCGGCGUCUCGAGACUCUGUAAAAAGUUCAUGCUGCAAAAGUUUUUAGAAUUAAGUCAGCGAUUAUCAACAAUCUCACCCAUCAACAUGAGCAGCGCCUUUUACAGCGACAUCAAACACUCGAUCACACCUUACCAGCUGGCAAAAACCCAACUAUUCGAUGCAUUCCACAAAGCCGGAUUGGGGAAAUGGAUCAAGAAGCCCAUCGAGCAAGAUCAGUUCGAAUUUUAAGACAAAACAUUUUCAAAAGCAAAA